UGCAUACAUACUUGUUUAAUCAAUGGUUAACAUAAACUGUAGACUUAUAACAUGCGUUUUUGUAUGCAACAUUCAGGUAUUUUCCCGUAUUUCCAAUAUCUUGGCCAUUUUUGGAUGAGACAUAAGGGGAGAGAGAGGGGGGCAAUACUCAGUAUUUCCAAUGCAGCAUAAAAAAAAUCUUAAACCUCGAAUUCAGUUUUGCAAAUCAGGAUUUGUCAUCCUGAUUAUAUACGGGAUGUUUAGAGAUACGACACAAUGUAUGGAAAGAAUAUUCUAGUAACUGAUGUGUCAGAGGCGCGACGUAUUUUGCUGCAAAUCUUUCGGUUUCGGUUAUACUUUGGUCUGCCUUUUGUAAGAAUGCAGUGACAUAGGAGAAUCGCAGAAGGUUUUCACACAGUUGUGGAGAAGUUGGGGUAGUCAACAUCACACUACAAUAUUAUUGCGGCUGCACAGAAUCAAUCUUUUAUGCGUCAAGACAAUGGAGGAAUGUGAUGAGUGGGAGCCAGUCCAGAAUGGUCCAGCACAAUGACACUGACCUCACAGCUGAGCCACAUGGCCCAUCCAAAGCAGCCGAGCUCCCCGCGCCCGGCCCAGUCGUACCGACACACUUCCGCGCCUUUCGCCACCAGCAGGACUGUGACCUCAUCACCGAGACCAUGCAUUACUUGACCCAAAGUGGAUUUUACUGGGGUCCUCUGGAAGUGGAUGAGGCACACGCACAACUGGCUAAACUCCCCCUAGGGACAUUUCUGCUACGGGACAGCAUGCAGACGAAUGUGUUUUUCACUCUGAGCUAUCAGGCCCCAGAAGGCCCGACUAGCGUGCGAGUGCUCCUUAAGGAUGGGGCAUUCAGUUUAGCAGGAAGUAAACACACGUUCCUGUGCCUUUUUGCCCUUUUAGCCUACUACAUUGCAUCCUCCAAAAAGAGUUUGAGUAGGCCUUAUCGCGGAGACGUGCCACAGAGACUGCAAGAACUGGCUAGAAGGGCCGUGAUGCGUUGUUGUGGGAAAGAAUGCAUUCAACAGCUUCCUUUAAGCAGGAAUCAUAAAGAAUUUCUAUGGCAGUACCCUUUUAGUAUAUGAGUAGGCUUUGUGCUGUUGAAAUGUUGGGGAUGUUGACAUUGUCUUUAAGAAAACGUGUUUUUUCUCAUUUCAUUGGAUUCUGAAGUUUGGCUAAAUGAACAUAGUGUAUUUAUGUCUGUGAAGAUAGUUUGGACUACAUGCACUACAAAACGUUUUGAUUUGAAAUGCGGCAUUAGAAAACCUCCUGAUUGGCAGUUACUGGUUCAUUGCUAAAUUUGUUACUUUUACGAAGUGUUGUAUGUCUUUAUAUGUGAAUGUAGACUAUUUAACACACAAGACUAUCCGAUAUCAGUAUGAAACUUUUGGUACAUUUACAUGAGGUAGUUUAUGUCAUCGGUAGUUUGCAUUUAAUGGCAAUGUCUGCCAUGCAGACAUAUAAGACAUUUCACUAGUUUGGUGUACAUUAGUGAUAUUUUGUGGUUGUACAAUAAACUUUAUUUAUUACAUUGGUUUAACGAUU